AUGGAGACGUCUGCUUCAGCCUCUGUCACGGAGAAGAAAGACGCCAAGAGCGGACUCCUGGAGGGCACGGCUUUCCCCGACCCGGGCAGGAAGUCUUCAGCCCUGGCGGUGGCCACAGCAGCAGCAGCCGCAGCUGUAGCUGCCCAAGGAGUGCCGCAGCAACUUCUGCCACCGUUCCAUGCUCCCUUACCGCUUGACAUGCGACACCAGGAGGGAAGGUACCAUUACGAGCCUCACGCUGUCCAUGGCGUGCACGGGCCUCCUUCCCUGAGCGGCAGCCCUGUCAUCUCUGACAUCUCAUUGAUCCGGCUUUCCCCACACCCCGCUGGUCCUGGGGAGUCCCCCUUCAACGCCCCCCACCCGUACGUGAGCCCCCACAUGGAGCAUUACCUCCGUGCCAUGCACAGCAGCCCCACGCUCCCCACCAUCUCGGCAGCCAGAGGCCUCAGCCCUGCUGAGGUGGCCCACGAGCACCUUAAGGAGAGGGGACUAUUUGGCCUCCCCACUCCAGGAACCAACCCCUCAGACUAUUACCACCAGAUGACCCUCAUGGCGGGCCACCCUGCACCCUAUGGGGACCUGCUGAUGCAGAGUGGGGGUGCUGCCGGUACGCCCCAUCUCCACGACUACCUCAAUCCAGUGGAUGUGUCACGCUUCUCCAGCCCAAGGGUGACACCCCGCCUGAGCCGCAAGCGGGCGCUGUCCAUCUCGCCGCUCUCCGAUGCCAGCCUGGACCUGCAGCGGAUGAUCCGGACCUCGCCCAACUCACUGGUGGCCUACAUCAACAACUCACGGAGCAGCUCGGCGGCCAGUGGCUCGUAUGGACACCUGUCGGCAGGCGCCCUCAGCCCAGCCUUCACCUUUCCCCAUCCCAUCAAUCCCGUGGCCUACCAGCAGAUCCUGAGCCAGCAGCGGGGCCUGGGCUCGGCCUUUGGGCACACGCCACCCCUGAUCCAGCCCUCGCCCACCUUCCUGGCCCAGCAGCCCAUGGCCCUCUCCUCCAUCAAUGCCACGCCCACCCAGCUCGGCAGCAGCAACUGUUUGAGUGACAGCAACCACCAGAACAAGCAGAGCAGCGAGUCGGCCGUGAGCAGCACCGUCAACCCCAUCGUUAUUCACAAGCGCAGCAAGGUCAAGACUGAGGUGGAGGGCUUGCGACCAGCCUCCCCCUUGACUCUGACACAGGUAACUGCUAGCUUGAUCUUUCCUCUGGGCCAGAUAGCUGAACAUGGCUCGGGUCGAUGUGUUCUGCUCCUCCCCCAGGAACAGCUGGCUGACCUCAAGGAAGACCUUGACAGGGAAGACUGCAAGCAGGAGGCUGAGGUGGUCAUCUAUGAGACCAACUGCCACUGGGAGGACUGCACCAAGGAAUACGACACCCAGGAGCAGCUGGUGCAUCACAUCAACAAUGAGCACAUCCACGGGGAGAAGAAGGAGUUUGUGUGCCGCUGGCAGGCAUGCACUCGAGAGCAGAAGCCCUUCAAGGCACAGUACAUGCUGGUGGUGCACAUGCGCCGACACACGGGCGAGAAGCCGCACAAGUGCACGUUCGAGGGCUGUUCGAAGGCCUACUCUCGCCUGGAGAAUCUCAAGACGCACCUGCGCUCCCACACCGGAGAGAAGCCAUACGUGUGUGAGCACGAGGGCUGCAACAAGGCCUUCUCCAACGCGUCCGACCGCGCCAAGCACCAGAACCGCACCCACUCCAAUGAGAAACCCUACAUUUGCAAGAUCCCAGGCUGCACCAAGCGAUACACAGACCCCAGCUCUCUCCGGAAGCAUGUGAAAACGGUACAUGGCCCAGAUGCACAUGUCACCAAGAAGCAGCGAAAUGACGUGCACCUCCGUGCCCCCCUGCUCAAGGAGAACGGGGACAAUGAGGCCAGUACAGAGCCUGGUGGCCGGGGCUCUGAGGAAAGCGCUGAAGCCAGCAGCACUAGUCAGGCCGUGGAAGACUGUCUUCAUGUCAAAGCCAUCAAGACCGAGAGCUCCGGGCUCUGUCAGUCCAGCCCCGGGGCCCAGUCGUCCUGCAGCAGUGAGCCCUCUCCUCUGGGCAGUGCCCCCAACAAUGACAGUGGCGUGGAGAUGCCGGGGACGGGCCCCGGGAGCCUGGGAGACCUGACAGCUCUGGAUGACCCGCCCACGGGGCCUGACGCCUCAGCCCUGGCCACCCCCUCCGCUGGGGGCCUGCAGCUGCGCAAACACAUGACUGCCAUGCACCGGUUUGAGCAGCUCAAGAAGGAGAAGCUCAAGUCACUCAAGGAUUCCUGCUCGUGGGCCGGGCCCGCUCCACAUACCCGGAUCACCAAGCUGCCUCCCCUCCCGGGAAGUGGCUCCAUCCUGGAAAACUUCAGCAGCGGCGGGGGUGGCGGGCCUGCGGGCCUGCUGCCCAACCCGCGGCUGGCUGAGCUAUCCACCAGCGAAGUCACCCUGCUGAGCCACCUGCAAGAGCGCCGGGACAGCUCCACCAGCACAGUCAGCUCAGCCUACACCGUGAGCCGCCGCUCCUCCGGCAUCUCUCCGUAUUUCUCCAGUCGCCGCUCCAGCGAGGCGUCGCCCCUGGGCGCCGGCCGCCCCCACCAGGCCAGUUCCGCAGACUCCUACGACCCCAUCUCCACCGACGCCUCGCGGCGCUCCAGCGAGGCCAGCCAGUGCAGUGGAGGCGGCUCGGGGCUGCUGCACCUGACACCUGCCCAGCAGUACAGCCUGAGGGCCAGGUACGCGGCUGCCACAGGCGGCCCACCGCCCACUCCUCUGCCUGGUCUGGAGCGCAUGAGCCUGCGGACCCGGCUGGCGCUGCUGGACGGCCCGGAGCGCGCGCUGCCACCCACCUGUCCGCACCCCCUGGGGCCCCGGCGCGGCAGCGAUGGGCCGCCCUACGGGGCCAUGGGCCCCGCUCCUGCCUUCCCCCACGAGGCGCCUGGCAGUGGGGCUCGGCGGGCCAGCGACCCAGUGAGGCGGCCUGACACCCUGGCGCCCCCGCGGAUGCAGCGCUUCCAUAGCGCCCACAACGUGAACCCUGCCCCACUUCUGUCCUGCGUGGAGAGGCGAGGCCUUCACCUGCAAAGCCAUAGGAGCGCAGACGGCAGCCUGACCCGCAGUGCCUACUCCCCUCGGCCGCCCAGCAUCAGCGAGAAUGUGGCCAUGGAGGCCAUGGCCGCAGGGGCAGACAGCACCGGGCCCGAUGUUGGCCUGGGGCUGCCAGACGACGACCUCGUGCUGCCGGACGACGUGGUGCAGUACAUCAAGGCACAUGCCAGCGGUGCUCUGGAUGACAGCACCCCACAGGUGUAUCCCCCGGAAAGCACCUGCUUCUCUGAUAACCCCAAACUGCCCAACUCUGGGCUACAGAGCCAGCGCAGGAUGGUGGCCGCCGACUCUAAUGUGGGUCCCUCUGCCCCAGUGCUGGGAGGCUGCCAGUUAGGCUACGGGGCUCCCUCCAACCUGAACAAAAGCAGCAUGCCUGUGCAGUGGAACGAGGUGAGCUCCGGCACCAUGGACACCCUGGCCAGCCAGGUGAAGCCUCCAGCCUUUCCACAGGGUAACCUGGCAGUGGUGCAGCAGAAGCCGGCCUUCGGCCAGUACUCAGGCUAUAGUCCCCAAGGCCUGCAGCCAAGCCCUGGAGGCCUGGACAGUACACAGCCACACCUUCAGCCCUGCAGCGGAGGGCCCUCUGUGCCCAGGGGAAACUAUAUGCAGCAGCUUCGGCAGCCAGGGGCAGGUGGCCAAUGUGCCAGCCUGCCCGCCACCGGGAGCCCCCACAGCAGCUAUGGCCAGGUCCAUCCCCAGCUGAGCCCCAGCACCAUGGGUGGAGCCUUGAACCAGUUCUCCCCAUCUUGCAGCAACAUAGCAGCCAAGCCAGGGCACCUGGGGCUCCCUCAGCAAAUGGAAAUUGCCCCUGGCCCCACCAUGAUACGUAGUGGCCACAGGGAACUUGGGGUCCCCAAUUCCACCCUGGCUGGGAUGCCCCCACCUCAACCAGCCCCUAGCUACCCACAGCAGAGCCACCAUCUGGCCACCCCCAUGAGCCAGGAGGCCUACUGCCAGGGCCCCAGCCUUCUGCCUUCCCACCAGCCUGGCUUCACGGAGCCCCAGCAGAGCACAAUGGGACACGCUGGGUCAAACUUUGGCUUAGUGCAACCCCGGCCACCCCCUGAGCCCAACACAUCUAGCCGACACCGUGGGGUGCGUGCCGGGCAGCAGUUGGCUUAUGCCAGGGCCACUGGCCAUGCCGUGGCUGCUGUGCAAGCCCACCAGGAGAUGGCAGAAUCCGUACCCAAGGGAGCAAUGGGCACAAUGGUGUCUCUGCCUCCUCAGCCGCCCCCACAUGACACGAACGGGACCCAGGAUCACAGCAUGCUCUACUACUACGGCCAGAUCCACAUGUAUGAGCAGAAUGGAGGCCUGGAGAACCACGUCGGCUGCCAGGUCAUGCAGCCCCAGCCGCCACAGCCACAGGCCUGCCCGGACAGCCUCCAGCCCCAACCUCUGCCCUCGCCAGGGGUGAACCAGGUGUCCAGCACAGUAGACUCCCAGCUACUGGAGACUCCCCAGAUUGAUUUUGAUGCCAUCAUGGAUGACGGUGAUCACUCCAGCCUCCUCUCAGGAGCCCUGAGCCCCAGCCUCCUCCACAGCCUCUCCCAGAGCUCCUCCCGUCUCACCACCCCCCGGAACUCUCUGACUCUGCCCACUAUCCCCACGGGCAUCAGCAACAUGGCCGUUGGGGACAUGAGCUCCAUGCUCACCAGCCUGGCCGAGGAGAGCAAGUUCUUGAACAUGAUGACCUAAGGCCCCAGCCCCUGCCACUCACCGGACCAGCGGGACGUCGAGCAUGGGGGUUUCAUCCGUUUCCUCUUUUUCCAAAAAAAGUGUUAAAUGGGUCUGAGGGGAUUUUGCCAAUGUCUGGUUCAGACCACAGAUGCUUUAAGGAUAGGUUUAUGUGCCUCCUGUCUGUUCUUCUUUUGGAUUAUUUUUUGGGACGCUGAAAAAAGUCUCAAUGGCAAAGGCAAGGCAGAAACGAAAAACUCGUUUACACAGUGUUUCCCAGCCUUUGGUGUUUAUAGGACCACUCUGUUCUGGCUUCUUUGCCUCUGUCAUUUGGCUAAUGAGGGAUUACACUGGCCGAGAGCUUUCCAAGUACACAAGGAAAUAGGGUAGAGA